AUGAAGUUAGUAAUAACGGGAGCCGCUGGAUUUCUGGGCGCUCGGCUGGCAAAGGCCUUGCUGGCCCCAAACUCCGCAUUGGCCGUGUCCGAGCUGGUGCUCGUAGAUGUGACAGCGCCAACUCCACCUCCUGCCAGCAUACCGGUGCGGGCCCUGGCUCUGGACCUAGCCGCACCGGGUGCCGCAGAACAAAUCAUCGAGGCCGAUACAGCUGUGAUCUUCCAUCUGGCGGCCAUCGUCAGCGGCAACGCGGAGAAAGACUUCGACUUGGGAUUCCGCGUCAAUUUCGACGCGACCCGCGCGCUGCUGGAGGCGGCCCGGCGGCGUCGCGCGUCGAACCUGGUAUUCGUUAUGACUAGUACUGUAGGGGUGUACGGUGGAAAGUUACCGGACUCGCCGGACGAGGAUUUCGCACCGAUGCCGCAGACGUCGUACGGCUGCGCCAAGGCGAUGGCGGAGCUGCUGGCAAGCGAGUACGGGCGGCGCGGCUGGGCCGACACCCGUGUAGUUCGGCUCCCGACGGUCUCGGUGCGCGGAGGAAGCGCCAACACCGCCAUCUCGUCUUUCGCGAGCGAUAUUGUCAGAGAAACGCUCGAGGGCCGCGAAGCGACGGUGCCGGUACCGCCGGAGCUGUGCAUGUGGCUGUCGGGUCCGGCAACGGUGGUGCACAACUUGAUUUACGCGGUGACGUUGCCGGCGACCGCCUGGAAGGAGCGGCGCGUGCUGUCGCUGCCGGGGCUGACGGUGGCGACGCGGGAGAUGGUGGCGGCGCUGGGCCGCGUGUGCGGGCCGCAGUACGCGGCGCGCGUGCGCUGGCAGUCGGACCCGCGGCUGGCGGCCAUGAUGGCGUCGGUGCCGGCGCGGCUGGCCGCUCAGCGGGCACUGAAGCUCGGCUUCCGAGAGGACGAGACCUAUGACGACCUCAUCCGCGAAUACAUACGCGACGACCUCGGCGGCCGCAUACCCAAGUAGCCGCAUAUCAUUUGAUUUUAAA